UCUUGCGAGAAGUCGGCCGAUAUACACACCCGAAGGCGAGCUCCAGACGACGGUCCACGGCAGACGUUCGAAUGCAAGACUCGAUUGAUUGAAGGCAACACUGAGCGCUAUGUCGGCACAUUUUCUACUUUGUGCAGCCCUUUUUACACUCUCCCAUGGGGACGCUACUGUUGCAAGGCCAAACUUCAUUAUAAUGCUCAUGGAUGACACGGGUUGGGGAGACCUCGGUAUCCUGGGAGACCCGGCUAAGGAGACUCCCAACCUGGACAGGAUGGCCGCCGAAGGAGCGCUGCUCACUGACUUCUACACAGCCAAUCCUCUGUGCUCGCCAUCGAGGGCAGCGCUGCUCACGGGCAGGCUACCGAUCAGGAAUGGCUUCUACACCUCAAACAACCACUCCAGAAACGGCUACACGCCCCAGGAGAUCAUGGGUGGCAUCCAGGACAGCGAAGUGCUCAUCCCCGAGCUCCUGGCCCAGGCAGGAUACCGCAACAAGAUCGUCGGAAAAUGGCAUCUUGGCCACCAGAAGCAGUACCUGCCCCUGAGACACGGCUUUCACGAGUGGUUCGGUUCACCAAACUGCCACUUCGGCCCUUACGACAACGUCCAGCGGCCGAACAUCGCCUUUUUCCGCGAUGAUCACAUGAUCGGCAGGUAUUUUGAGGACUUCUCGAUAAACCUCACAACACGCACUUCCAACUUGACCCACUUGUACACCAAGGAGGCUGUGGACUUUAUCGAGAAGCAGACUGCGCAGCGCCAGCCCUUCUUCCUGUACUGGGCACCGGACGCUACGCACGCUCCCGUAUACUCGUCUGAGGAGUUCCGAGGGCGCAGUCAGAGAGGACCCUACGGGGACGCCGUGAUGGAGCUGGAUUAUGCCGUGGGCGUCAUAUUGGAAACCCUUCGGCGCACCGGGACGGAGAAGAACACUUUCGUCUUCUUCACUUCUGACAACGGAGCGGCGUUGGUCAGCAAAACGGAAGGCGGCAGCAACGGCCCUUUUCUGUGCGGCAAGCAGACCACAUUCGAAGGGGGUCUACGGGAGCCCGCUAUCGCCUGGUGGCCCGGCACCGUCCCGGCGGGAAAGCAGGUGAGUGGAGUAGCGGCCACCGUGCUUGACCUCCUGCCCACUCUGUGCGAGCUUGCCGGUGUGGCACUGCCCCCAAGUCUGGUCCUAGACGGCGCCAGCAUCACACACCUGCUGCUAGCGGAAUCGUCGUUGCAUGACAUACGCCUUAAUCACAACAGGCCAGUGUUUUACUACCGUGGCAACGAGCUCAUGGCGGUGCGAAAUGGCCUUUACAAGGCGCACUUCUGGACCUGGACAAAUUCCUUGGAGGAGUUCCAGCAGGGUGACGACUUCUGUCCCGGUGUGGUGGUCAACGACGUGACGUCUCACGUGCAGAGAAACCACACGGCGUCGCCAGUUCUCUUCCACCUCGGAAGGGAUCCCGGAGAGAAGUAUCCAAUUAGCCCUAAAAGUGCUGAAUAUCGCGAGUGCAUGGCGUCCAUCUUCAGUAUUUACCACGAGCACAGAGCGUCGUUGAUUCCUGGGAAACCGCAGCUAGACUGGUGCGAUGCUGCUGUCAUGCACUGGGCACCUCCUGGGUGUGAAAAGUUAGGACGGUGUCUGAGAAAGCCGCCAUCACGGCCAUACCUGUGCGACUGGCCUCACUAAGGCCACGCCGAGCUCCCCACCAUCCCCGUUCGCGACAGGCGUCAGCGAACCUAAAUUUAUCCUUCAAGUUGUCCCUAAACCUGGAAUAUCUAAAUCACGUAAGUUCUGCUAGGUUCACUCGGAAAGUUAUUGGCGAAUUGUGAAAGAAAAAAAAAUGAGUAAAACAAUGAAAAUUGUCUGAUUAUUCCUUCUGCAUGGUUGAAAAAAAAAAGAACGAAUAUUUGGGCUACUUGGUUAAACUCCAUUAUAACAUGGUACGCUGUUGAUGCGUAUCAUAAUACGAAAUUUGGUGACGAAUGCGCGAGCCAGCCUUCGGUGGUUUUGCAUAAAAGAGAGAUCGCGAUUUUAGAUUAGAUUAGCCAUUUUAUCCUUGUGCCUUCAUUUUUAUCGGGCACUCCCCUUGAACUAUGUCACGUUUCUUGUGUUUCCUGUUGAAAUAUUUUGCCUGUUUGCAUAUAUUAACAUGUGUGCUGCGAAAAGUAAAGUCAGUUGGUAGACAGCGC